AUGGGGAAUAUUUUUCUUAGCAUAAAGCCGGCAUUGUUAAUGGUAUUGGUACAGAUUAUAUUUGCUGGUAUUAAUGUAAUGUAUAAGUUGGCUGCUAAUGACGGGAUGAGUUCAAGGGUUAUUGUGGCUUAUAGAUUCAUGUUCCCCGCUGUUAUCAUGGUUCUGCUUGCUCUUAUUUUUGAAAAGGAGAGCUUGAAGAAAAUUAGUAGAAAAGUACUCCUUCAAGCAUUUCUUUGUGGAUUAUUUGGGAUGGAGAAACUGGCGAUAAUAACAAAUGCAGGGAAAGCCAAAGUGUUUGGGACAUUAAUAGGAAUAGGUGGAGCAAUGGUAUUCACAUUUUACAAAGGUAUGGACAUAAACAUCUGGUCAACAAAUGUAAACCUUUUAAAGCAUCAUCACCAUCAAGAAGUAGGUCUUGGAUCUUCAUAUCAUGGCACUGGUCACUUCGCUAUCGGUGCUGUUUUCGGUCUUUUGAGUUGCAUUUCUUUCUCUUUGUGGUUGAUCAUUCAGCACUGCUUUGAUGUGUUUGAUGGGAUCAGUACAAGGAGCAUUGUAUUUAGUUUGUACUGUGAGGGAUUGGAAUCAAUGGAAGCUUGGGUGGAAUUGCUCUUGCUAUCAUGGGCUGUUAAGUUGAAGGGACCAUUGUAUGCAGCUAUAUUUAAUCCACUGGGGCUUGUGCUUGUUGCUAUUGUGGGAUCUUUGUUACUCGAUGAAAAGCUGCAUUUAGGAAGUAUCAUAGGGGGAUUAAUGAUAGUAUGUGGAGUAUAUGUGGUGCUAUGGGGCAAAGCCACAGAGAUGAAGCAAAAAACACUGUCAGUACCAGUACCAACAGUUGAUGAAGAGUCAAAUGAAAUAGAAGAAGAUGAACAAAGGGAAAAUACUGGAACUGAUGAAGAACAAGAGCAUGAAGGAACUGAAACUCCACCUGAAAUAGUUUUAGCUUAAAAUUUCGUCUUUUUUUUUCCCUCAAAACUAGAAAAAAAGAAAUUUGGCUAUUAGCAGCAACUUACAGUUUACUGCCAGAUAUAUUUGUUGUUUAUUAUAUAUUAUUAUAGCUUUGUAGCAGCAAUAUAUAGCUAGCAAUUUAUACGUUGUUUUUAUGAGUAGAAUUAUCCAACGGAA